GUUUCCACCACCUUUGAACUGCAAAUCCCAUGUCUUUUUAUCUACCCUUACCACCCAAGUUUUUCCAAGACUAUUGUAACUGGCCCCCACUUUUGUACCCUUCAAAACCCUUAUCCCAAAAAAACCAAACACUCAAACACUUUCCCACCACUUUCCCUCUCUUUCUCCCUCUAAAAAACAUGUUUUUUCACCUUUCCCUUCUCUUUCUCUCUCUACUCUUCACGUCCAACUCGCUGAAUCAGGAUGGCCUGUUUCUCCAGCAAGUCAAGCUUGGUCUCUCCGAUCCAUCUCGCGCCCUCUCCUCUUGGAACGACAGGGACGACACCCCGUGCGGGUGGUAUGGUGUUACUUGCGACGAGUCGACUCAACGAGUCACCUCCCUCAAUCUUUCUAACUUGGGGCUCAUGGGACCCUUCCCUUACUUCCUUUGCCGCCUGACCAAUCUGACGUCGGUUAAUCUGCUGAACAAUUCCAUCAACUCGUCUCUCACCUCUGACAUUGCCGCGUGUCAGAGUCUCGAGGCCCUUAACUUGAGUGAAAAUCUUCUGGUGGGGUCCCUUCCCGAGUCACUGUCCGAGUUGAAAAACCUCAAGGAACUCAAUUUGGCGUCGAACAAUUUUUCCGGCAGUAUUCCGGCGAAGUUCGGUGAGUUCCAGAAGCUGGAGUGGAUUUCACUUGCUGAGAACUUGCUAACCGGGACAGUACCCAGUGUGCUUGGUAACAUUUCCACACUCCAGUAUCUUCUACUGAGUUAUAACCCCUUUGCCCCGGGUCAGAUACCGAGUCAGCUCAGUAACCUGACUAACCUGGUAGAGCUCUGGCUUGCUGGUUGUAAUCUCGUGGGUUCGAUUCCCGAGAGUUUAGGCAAGCUAUCUCGGUUGACUAAUCUUGAUUUGUCACUGAAUCGACUUACUGGGUCGAUACCGAGUUCACUCACUUGGCUGAAGAGCGUUGAGCAAAUUGAGCUUUAUAAUAACACUUUAUCAGGUGAAUUGCCUCUGGGUUUUUCGAACUUGACCUUGCUGAGAAGAUUUGAUGUCUCAACGAAUGAGUUAACUGGGACAAUCCCGAAUGAGUUGACUCAGUUGGAGCUCGAGUCGCUGCACUUGUUUGAGAACAGAUUUGAAGGGACUUUGCCAGAGAGCAUAGCAAAGUCACCAAAUUUAUACGAUCUCAAAUUGUUCAACAAUAAAUUUACUGGCGAGUUACCGAGUCAGCUCGGGCUUAACUCACCAUUGAAGUGGUUAGAUGUUUCAUACAACGGAUUCUCCGGUGCGAUACCAGAGAGCUUGUGUGCAAAAGGUGAGUUGGAGGACUUGAUUUUGAUUUACAAUUCAUUUUCCGGAAAAAUCCCAGAAAGUCUGGGAAAAUGCAACAGUUUAGGCCGGGUUCGGUUAAGGAAUAAUAGGUUCAAUGGCAUUGUUCCUGGGGAAUUCUGGGGGCUACCAAGAGUUUACUUGUUUGAGCUUGAAGGUAAUUCAUUUUCUGGGAAAGUUUCUAAUAGGAUUGCCUCUGCUUAUAAUCUCUCUGUUUUGAAGAUUUCAAAAAAUCAGUUUUCGGGUAAUUUACCUGCGGAGAUUGGUUUUUUAGACAAGCUGAUUGAGUUUUCGGCUAGUGAUAACUUGUUUACGGGUCCAAUUCCAGGGAGUUUGGUUAAUUUGAGUAACUUGAGUACGCUUGUGCUUGAUGACAAUGAAUUGUCUGGUGGGAUUCCAUCCGGAAUUCAGGGUUGGAAGAGCUUGAAUGAGCUUCGUUUGGCGAAUAAUAGGUUAUCGGGUUCAAUCCCAAAUGAGAUAGGGAGCUUGCAAGUGCUUAAUUAUCUUGAUCUUUCUGGGAAUCACUUCUCGGGGAAGAUUCCGAUACAAUUGGACGAUUUGAAGCUCAAUUUGUUGAACUUGUCGAACAAUAUGCUCUCCGGGGCGCUCCCUCCACUUUAUGCUAAAGAGAUGUAUCGGAGUAGCUUUGUGGGAAAUCCAGGUUUGUGUGGUGACUUGGAGGAUCUUUGUCCACAGGAAGGUGAUCCUAAGAAGCAGAGUUACUUGUGGAUUCUUCGGUCGAUUUUUAUACUUGCUGGUAUAGUGUUUGUUGUUGGUGUUGUUUGGUUCUACUUCAAGUACCAGAAUCUCAAGAAAGCAAAGAGAGUUGUUAUUGCAUCGAAGUGGAGAUCCUUCCAUAAGAUUGGUUUCAGUGAAUUUGAGAUCCUUGAUUAUCUUAAAGAGGAUAAUGUGAUUGGAAGUGGAGGUUCUGGGAAAGUCUACAAAGCUGUGCUCAGCAAUGGGGAGACUGUAGCAGUGAAGAAAAUAAGUGGAGAGAGCAAGAAAAAGGAUACAAGUCGCAGUUCCAUCAAAGAUGAAUUUGAAGCAGAAGUUGAAACUUUGGGAAACAUCAGGCACAAAAACAUUGUGAGAUUGUGGUGUUGUUGCAAUGCUGGAGAUUGCAAGCUUCUGGUUUAUGAAUAUAUGCCAAAUGGGAGCUUGGGGGAUUUGUUGCAUAGUAGCAAGGGAGGCUUGUUGGAUUGGCCUACAAGGUAUAAGAUAGCUUUGGAUGCAGCUGAGGGCUUAUCUUAUUUGCAUCACGAUUGUGUUCCUCCGAUAGUUCACCGGGAUGUAAAAUCAAACAACAUACUGUUAGACGCAGAAUUUGGUGCUAGAGUUGCGGAUUUCGGGGUUGCUAAGGUGUUUCAAGGAGUUAACAAGGGGACUGAAUCCAUGUCUGUUAUUGCGGGCUCCUGCGGUUACAUUGCACCAGAAUAUGCAUAUACUGUUAGAGUGAAUGAAAAGAGCGACAUCUACAGUUUUGGGGUGGUCAUAUUAGAGCUGGUAACAGGCAGACUCCCCAUAGAUCCAGAAUUCGGAGAGAAAGACUUGGUCAAAUGGGUCUGCACAACCUUAGUAGACCAGAAUGGCAUGGAUCUUGUAAUUGACCCCAAGCUCGAUUCACGUUACAAGGAUGAAAUCUCCGAGGUUCUUGAUGUCGGUCUCCGUUGCACAAGCUCACUUCCCAUCGACCGGCCCUCAAUGCGAAGGGUGGUGAAAAUGCUGCAGGAAGCCGGCAUGGGAAACAAGCCUAAAGCCAACAAGAGUGACGGGAAGCUCUCUCGUUUUUACUAUGAAGUCGUCUCCGAUCAAGCAAGGAUAGUUUAAGAAUUUUGAGUUUAGACAUGAUUGAAGUAGCUAGAUAGCACUUCUUCUAGUGAAUUGCCUCAAGAUGUGUUUGAUUUCAUGGGGGCGAAGGGAAAACGAUUGAUGUAAUGACCUGAGGUAGAUUGCCGCAUGCCGCCCUUGAAAAGUAGUAGCUGUAUUAAGACCACAUAUUUAGAUAUAGCAGAUAGAUUGUAACUAUUUCUAUCAUCUCGCACUUCUACUUUUACCGGAGUUAUCCACUAUCCACUUUGGUUAGGUAACUGUAACACGAAAACACAUGAGAGCUGUCAAGAUUGAAACUUUUCUUUCCAUCAGUAACAGCUGUUAUGCAAUUUUACAUUUUUUAGGGGAUCCAA